CUCCACCUCCCUCCCUCCCUCCCUCCACCACCUCCACCACUACAAUCUUCUUUCCUAAUCCUUCUAUUUUCAUCCUUCCAUUUGGAUCUUUUCCUUUUUCUUUUAUUUGCCUGCCAUUGUUCCCUCUUACUUUAUCUGCAUAAUUUCCUGUCUCGCACCUUUGGCGGUGUAUUUGUGUCUUGUGUGUUGUGCCGCCGUUAUCUCCGUUGUGCAUUGCGAAUCCUCCCUGACCGGUUCAAUUUGCCUUUCGGUCUUCAGCAGAUACCCACGCUACUUGGUUACACGUCCGCCCGUUAAGCCACGACGCAACCCACUCCCCCCGUUGACCCCUUUGAAUCCUCGAGCUUUCGUGGAGUCGAACUCGCCACUACCAUCGAUCUGUCGUGACCGUCGCAACCGUGUCUAUUUUUGUGUUCAUAUACCCUCUAGAAUUAUAAGCGAAGAUGGCGACAGGACCUGCGACUCAAUCCCUGAAGUGUGUGGUAACAGGUGACGGUGCUGUUGGAAAAACAUGUCUCCUGAUUUCGUACACAACCAACGCCUUCCCCGGUGAAUAUAUACCUACCGUAUUCGACAACUAUACUGCCAGUGUAAUGGUAGAUGGCAGACCGAUCAGCUUAGGACUUUGGGAUACUGCUGGACAGGAAGAUUAUGAUCGUCUUCGCCCGCUGUCCUACCCGCAAACCGAUGUGUUCCUGAUUUGUUUCUCCAUUGUUAGCCCUCCCUCGUUCGAUAACGUGAGAGCCAAGUGGUUCCCCGAAAUUGAACAUCAUGCUCCCAACGUACCCAUCAUUCUUGUCGGUACCAAGCUCGAUCUGAGGGACGAUCGGGCCACUCUAGAAACUUUGCGCCAGAGGAAGAUGGAGCCCGUCUCCUAUGAACAGGCUCUGGCCGUGGCCAAGGAAAUCCGAGCACACAAGUAUUUGGAGUGCUCCGCUCUCACACAGCGUAACCUGAAAAGUGUAUUCGACGAGGCCAUUCGUGCUGUCCUUAACCCCCGGCCUACGGCGAAACCGAAGAACAAGAAAUGCGUCAUUCUGUAGAUCGUCUCUCCCUCACUGCAUCUUCCGACCUAUAAUAUAAAUAACUAAUUCGGCGUCUGGGUUUUGGCUGUAACGCCCCGCAUUUUGCUGGUUUUGGCUGGUUGUCCUCCCUCCCGUUCCUUGUUUUGGUGCCAUGAUCCUGAAGUCUUCUUUUCUCCAUUCCAUCCAGGUUCAGGAUAACCUUACCCUCUGUGUCUUCUUCCCCCCCGUCCUAAUGCAGUACAAAGAUGUAACAUGCCAUUGCAAUACCACUCUACAAGCGUCUUUUUUGAAUUGACCACAGCCUUCAGCGUCUUCCCUUCCUCAAUAUCGGAAUAUUACAAGCCAUGGGUGAGCGUACGAGUUUGGAUUUGUGUGCAAUGCGAAAGAUAGUUAAUAGUCAAGCCAGAGCCGUGUCAUAUACAA